AUGUCCGCUCCCGCAAUUGUCACGGAAGCGGCAGCAGCACCAGCACGGGCAAGCGCAGAUCGCCUGGUAGAGCAGCUGCAGGGCUUACUAUGGAAUUCGUCUCGUGGCGACGGCGCAACGGCAUCCGCAGCACGUUCGCUCGCGGCGGCCGUCACAGCCGCAGUGAUUGCGGCGUGCGGAGUCGAGCCGCAACAGCUGCUGUGCGCGCUUUUGGGCGAGACGUCCACGCCCGGAGAUGCUCGGGAAGCAGGGUUUAAGGUAGAGGAUGAAGGAGAGGAGAAAUUGCGUGAGAGGGAGGGUGGGUCGGGUGCGGCGGAGGACGGGAAGGGGCUGACGCGGGCGUUUGUUGCAUGCCAGCUGUUGCAGGGGCUGCCACAAGGUGAGGAGGGGGGUGAGGAGGGAGGUGAGGAGGGAGGUGAGGAGGGAAGUGAGGAGGGAGGUGAGGAGGGAGGUGAGGAGGGAAGUGAGGAGGGAGGGGAGGAGAGAGGGGAGGAGGGAGGUAGAGAAGGAGGUGAGGAGGGAGGGGAGGAGGGAGAUAGAGGGAUGCUUGGAGCCCAACAGGCGGCCCACCUGCACGCACUCAUAUGCCGGUGCGUGCUGCCAUCGCUCCAACACCACCAUUACCUGCAGCAGCAGCAGCAGCUGCAGCAACAGCAGCAGUCACAAUCUGAUAGGAGCAGCAGCCAUGGGGCAGCAGCGAAGGAGGAGGAGGCAUGUGGAAAGCAGUCUGCGUCUACAGAGUCCUUUCAGGUGCCUCUCCUCCGUCCCGUGGAUCUUCUCUUUGGGGCUGCCCUCAGCCUCCCUCCCUCCCUUGCCGCCACUCUCCUCUCCCGCUUCCUGUCCUCCCUCUCCUCCCUCUCCUCCCGCUCCUCCAACUCCACCCUUGUACCAGCACCGCCAACCCCAACCCAGACCACAGACGCAGCAGCUGCAGCAGCCUCGCCUCUCCCGCUCAGCACGUCGCAUUCACAAGCCCUCCCUUCCACUCAACAGCCACCCAUCACCCCCCUUCGAGCCCUGCAGCGUGCUGUCACAGCCACCCUCUCCGCAUCUCUCCCCUUCAUCCUCCUCGCGUCUUCAUCCUCCUCCUCCACGCCCUCCUCUGCGUCCCUCUCUGCCCUGCGUGCCACGGCUCUGGACCGCCUUCUGCCUGCUGCAGUGGAUGCACUAGUAGGGGUGGAUUACCCGCAGCAGCUGGAUGAUUGUGGGCAGCUGGGGGGAGGUGCUGAGGAUGCAUGGCAUGAGUGGAGGGAAAGCAGGGAGCAGUGCGUGCUGGCAGUUUGGCGCUCACUGCAGCAACUCAUCAGCCCUGCACAGCCUCUCACCGCUGCUGCCGCCACCGCUGCUGUUGCUGCUGGAAUCUCUUCCGAAGCCCCCACCGUGCCAGACCCGUCAGUCAGCACCUCCCCCCUGCUCCCUCCUCUCCCUCCGCCCCUUCUCUCCGAGUUUAUCAGCCUCCUCGUCCUGUUCAAUCGCCUGCUCCUCCCGCCCAUACUCCUCCCACCCGCCCCGAUCCACCACGGCUCGCCGCUACCUCGCCCGUCGCACCGCUUCGACCUGCGCCAGCAGCGGCACCUGUGGGUGCUGCUAAGGCUCGGCCUGGUACGUUUCUUGAGCCGUUUUAAGAACCAGCCGCACCUGUGGGCGCUGCUACGGCUAGGCCUGGUACGUUUCUCAUCGACACAGCAAGAGGCUACCUCUGCUGUGGGCGCUGCUAAGGCUCGGCCUGGUACGUUCCUCGAGAAUGACGAGACGUACCAAAGCCAGCUGCACUUGUGGCCGUUGCUAAGGCUCGGCCUGGUGUCAAAGGACGGUCUCACUCACAAGCGAGCCUCUUUCCUCCUCCAAGCAGCCGUCCCUGCUUGCGACCCCAUUCGCCGGAUGUUGCAGCAGCUCAGGCACGCACUAACUGGGCCCGGAAAGGGGGUAGAGGAACCAGGGGCGGCUCGCAGGGGGAAAGGCAAGGGGAAGGGGAAGGGGAAAGGGGGAAAGGGGAAGGGGAAGGGGGGAACGGAGAGUGGGAAGGGCGGGGAAAAGGCACGGGGAAGGGGGGAUGGGCAGAGCAUGAAAAGGGAGCGGUGGGCGAAGGAGGAGGUGAUAGGGAUCAUGCAUGAUGGGAAGGGCGGCAGUGCUGCUACUGAAGAGGCAGAGAAGGGUGAAGAGAGGGAUGCGGAUGAAGAUGGGACAGGGCAUGGGGCCGAGAGUGACACACAGCAAGGCCAGCAGCAGCAGCAGCAGCAGCGGCAGGUGGAGGAAGGGCCGGAGGGUGCAGAAGAAGCAGUGGAAGAACGGGAGCGAAAGGAGAGGCAGUGGGAGGAGCAGGCCAGGGUGGUAGCAGAGGAGUUGGAAGAGGUGCUGAGGAGGAGUGAGCGGUGGGAGGCGCUGAGCCUGGUGCUCAACACUCUGGACGAAUUCGGAGUGCAUCUGUCAGAAGCUGUGUGGGACCCACAGAUGUCCUUCCUGCUCUCCUCCACUGCAGUUUCAUCAACCCCUUCGCAUCAUUCCAGCACCGGUACCAGCACCAGCACUGGCACUGCUGCUGCUGCUGCGCCUGCUACUGCAGUGGAUACAUUAUCUCCUCCUCUGUCGUCCUGGGGGACUGCUGUGCCCGAUGUGGACCUACCCUUUAUCUGUAUCGCAUGGACUAGAGGCUUCUCGCACAACAACCCUCAAGUUCGCCGGUUGGUCAUGUCGUCUUUCCUCCGCUGCUUUGGAUGCGAUGUUGACUCGUCUCCUGCUGCAUCCAAGCACACGGCUCAGCAAGGCGCAGAGGCAGAGGCAGGGGCAGAUGCAGACUUAGACACGCUUCUGCCCAUUGAAACGGCAGAAAUUGGAAGAGGAAUCACCAGGGGAGAUGGAGGGCAGCAGCAGCAGCAGCAGCAGCAGCAGUGGGAAGUGGGGCGGUUACCCCUGACAUUCCUGCUGGAUGUCUUCCUGCCUGCUCUCGAUAACCCCUCAUGCCAUCCAGAUUUCAAGUUACCUUUUCCAGCCACCCAUCCCGUCUCCCUCUCUCUCUUUCCCUUUUCAGUAAAAAGGGGUUUCUUCCCUGUGUCGCUGUUUCCACCUCUCCCUGCAGGCAUCAGGGAUCGAUACUCGUCCACAGUUGCUGAAGCAGCCGCAUGCAUCUUUGCCCAACUCUCGGCCUCUCUCCCAGCCCGAGCUCGUCCGCUCCUCCUGCAGCGCCUGCUGUCCAGCAUGAUUAGCAUCAUGCCCGGACGCAUAGGCCACAUGACAUGCGCCAUGUGCAUCCAUGGUGCCGCUGCGCCCAGUAGCUUUCUCAGUGCCAGACACAUGGCACAAGGCACCGCAGAGACAGGAGAAGGGGGCGGGGGGGUGCAGGGGAGUGAGGGGACGGAGGGGAAGGUUGGGGAGGAGGCGUUAUCACAGGAAAAUUUGGGUUACUUGCAAGAUUUGGUGGGCUGUUUGGAGGAGAGGAGGACGGGCGAGGGCGUGGAGCUGGAGGUGCAGUUGGCACUGCUGUUCUGUCAAGUGCUGGAGAUGGCACGGAGACACUUCAACCCGGCCUUCCGGCUCAAAGUAUCCACGCACGUGUUUGCAGCAGUGACAGCAUCGGUGUCAGCCUCGCACCUCUCCACGCCUCUCCUCCUCCGCCUCCUCUGCAUCAUGCCCCACCAAGGCUUGCUCUCCACAGCAUCUGUGCGAUCAACCAUUGUGAGCUGGCUGCACACACCGCAACCAUCCACCCACGUGCCUAGCACCCACCCGACACAAACUGGCACUGCCAGUAUCACCACUGCCAGCAGUGUCACCAGCGCCACCACCACCAGCAGUGUUUCCACCAGUACCAGUAGUGCUGCCUCUUCUGGAAGCCCCUCUUUCAACGGACUGUCUGAACCUUUGCUGACGGAACCGCAGCCAAAUUCCAGCUGCCACCUGGCACAGCGGCUAAUCACUGCAUUGCGCUUCUUUGUCCUGGGGAAGACUGCUGGUGAGGAGGAAAAGGAGGAAGCGCUGCUGCUGCUGCUGCAGUCCCAAGAAGAGCUGGGCGGGACAGAAACAGAGGACUAUGGCGGGAGGAAAGGGGAGGAAAGGAGAGGUGGGCAAGGGGAGGAGGUGGAGGAUGAGAGGUUGGUGGAGUUGAUAUCUGACAGUGAUCUGGCGUCGUGGCAUGCUGCCUCUGCUCGCUGCUGUCUCGUGCUGCUAGCCGCCAUGCCUUCUCCCAACGUGCUUGCAGCAGCAGGGAAGGAUCUGCAGGGGCUCUUUUCAGAUCUCCUGGCCACUCACAUGCCGCCAGGUGGCAGGCAGAGGCUGCUUGUUCUCCUUCAGGCGCUGCUGGAGCAGUAUGACGUGGCAGAACGCUAUUGGAAGGGCUGUGUGAAAGCUGCUGACAAAAGCACCGUCAGCAGUAUCAACAGCAGCAGCAGCAGCAGCGGCAGUGACUUGAGCAGUAGUGCAUGUGCAAGGCAGAUGAUGGUGGCUUCAAGAAGCGCCUUGCUGGAGCUUCUUUCGCUGGUCAUUCCAUCUCUCACUGCUUUGGCCUCCCAAGAUCAGUUCCUCUUCUCCACCCGGGAUCAAUUAGCCUUGUUAGCCACCUCCUCAGCACCUCUACCAGCCGCAGUGCGGGGGAAGCUCGGAGGCCCCACUCUGCGCCGCCUGCCUCUCACCACUGGCUCUGCUGUGCUGCGAGCGGUUAAUCUGGUGCGCUGCUUUGCGGCGGCUGCUAGAUGGGCACACAUGCACAAGCAAGCGGACAUGAGCCUCAUGGGUGCAAGAGAAGAGGAUGGAGCAGGCGUGAAGCCUCAUGCGAGUGACCUGUCGUGGCUUGCGGGAGUGGAGGGGAGCAUUCGUGCGUGGGUGGGUGGCUGUGUCGGGAGCUCUCUGGAGCUGUGUCACAAGAGCAAGUGGCCGCAUACUGAGGUGGAGGCAGAGCUACUGCUGGGCUGUCUGGAGCUGCUACAGCCAGUGUGCCAUCUACUUGCCAUGGGCGCCAUUGCAGCACUGCCGUCACAGCAGCAGCAACAGCAGCCACUGCAGGAAAGCGAGGAGGGGACAGGAGGAGGAGCAGGAGGGGCAGGAGGCGAGGGGAGAGGAGCGGCAGGAGGGGAGAGUGGAGCGGCGGUAGGGGCAGGAGGGGCGGGAGGGGCGGGGGUGCUGUGGUUGUUAGAGGCGGUGGUGGUGGUGGCAGGGGCAGCGGGCAGGAGUGGCGGGGGAGUGGCGCGCAGCAGAAUGGCGCGGCUGCUGGAGGUGAAGUGGGACUGUGUAGAUGGACUCCUGUGCGCUGCCCUGCUGCUCCAUGCUGCUGGCAACGGCUCGUCAGGAGUGGUGGCGGUGGAGGGUGGGGAGGAGAGGGAGAGGAUGGUUUCGGUACAGCAGGCACUGCUUGAAGAUGCUGCGGAUAGCCUUGAGGGUCUGGAGGAGCAGCAGUUCCUGCCACUCUUCCGCGCCCUCCGCUCCCUUCUCUCCCUGCGCGUGCUCGAUACUUUCCAGUCUGACCCCCAACGAGUCGAGGUCACAUGGCGGCUAGUAACAUCAGCAUGGAGGGCAGUGGAGGAUGGGCAGAAGCGCAGGGUGGCUCCAGUAGCAGCCUUCCUCUCUGCCGUCUUCCACCCGGCUCUCUUCUCCCUGCCGUGCAUGCACUCUUUCGACCCACAACCUGCUGAGGGAGGUGGUAAUGCGGAUGCUUCCAGAGAUGAUGGUAGUGGUGGUGGUAAUGGUGGUGGAGGGGCGGAGGGGGUGGAAGGCCUUGCUUCUUCUGGCAUUGAGCCUCCUCUGCAGUGGAUGGUAGCGCGUCUAAUGACACUAGCGGAGCGCAGCCCGCGCACCAUGCGCCUCUUCUCCAUGCACUUCACCUCGCUGCUCACCGCCUUCCCCAGCGCCGCCUGCUUCUACCUCCGCACUCUCAAGGCACUCACUCUGCACGGCGCAGAUGCGGUGGAUGAGGAGUUAGAUGGGGAGGUGGCGGAGAGUGCAGCAGCCUCACACGAGUACUGCCACCUCGCCAGGAGCCAUGACGCGGAGCUUGCACACGUGUUCACCAACUCUGAGAUGUUCGCUCGAGUGUGUGUUGCCAUCAUGGCUCACCACUUUGCAUCUCUCUACCUCCCUCCUGCUGCUACUUCUGCUGCUUCUGCCACUCGACCUGCACCUGCCACGUCGGCUUCUGCAACUUCUUCUGACAAGAAUUAUGCCAUCCGCAGCUGUCAGCAGCUUCUCAUGCUUCUCCUCGAAUCUGCUGUGACGGAUCAGGUGUUGUCCAAGGAACUCUACAAGAAGCACAGUGCGAUUCACAGGAGGAAGAUCCGCGUGUGGCAGAUGCUCGCGCUGCUCUCUCCGUUCAUAUCGCAUGAAAUGCUGCCGUCUGUCACUACCCUCUACAGCCGGGCUCUAGAGCGCAACAACAUGCCGUCAGUGCGGCAGUACGUGGAGAUAUUCGGUGUCCUCAUGUUCCUCCGCUUCCCCCACCUGGUGGAGACACAUGUAUUGAACCAUCUCCAAAACGCCAACCUUAAAACACAGGCACAAGCAUCAUACGUGCUCAUCGCAGCCUGCCUCAUCCUCCACACCAAGGACCCCUCACUACAGCUGCUGCACCUGCACCAGCUGCUGCCUGCCACUCUUCCCUACGUCACCAGUCACCACCACAACUUGCGCACCUUCACCCAGGUGCUGCUGCACCGUGUUCUUAGGCGCUUUCCGCAGCUUACAGGUAGCGGCGGUGGCAACGCAGACCGCAGCAGUGGCAGCGGCAGUGCGGGCAGUGGCGGCGGUGGGAUGCAGAGUGGUUCAAAUGAGGGAGGCAGCGGUAUGGUGGAUGUUUCUGAGGUUCCGUCGUCCAGCAUUGUCAGCGGCAGCAAGGUGUUCCAAGCCAUAUGGACAUAUCUCAACACCAACACGGAUUGCGCUCGAGUACGUGUGGCGGUUGAUCGUUACUUUGACACAUUUGACCCCGAAGCAGCAGCCACGCCCCGGGGCAUGUUCCUGCGCUCCUUCUUCGAUACCCGGCAGGCGCUCCUCGGGAGGACAGCAGCGGAGGUUGCUGGAUCUCAUCCCUUUGAGUGUGCACCCACCGCUGUUCUGGACCGCGUCACCGCCUUCCUCAACCCUCUCCCUACUUCCCAAGCCAUCUCCACCGUCCACGCUAACCACGUCGUUGCACCCUCAUCGCCUCUCCGCAUGGGCAUUGUGCAGUUCGCUCGGGAUUCGCUACGAGCGGCCAUGGCAGCAGACGCAGCAGCGCUUGGGCUUGGAGGUACUGGCGCCGUGGCAGGAGGUGGGGGCGAGGAAGGAGAGACAGGGGUUGAUGAGGGGGGAGGAGGAAGAGGAGGAGGUGAUGAUGUGGAUGGGCGAGGAGGUGUACAGAGAUCAGCAGCAGGAGCAGGAGGAGGGGCAGGAGGACAGGCAGACUUCCAGAGGAAGAAGAGGGUGUUGGAUGCAGGGCAGGGAGGGGCGGGACCGCAGCAGCAGCAGCAGCAGCAGCAGCAGCAGCAGCAGCAGCUACAACAAAGACCAGGAGUGGAGCCUCAAGCUGCUCUGCUCCAAGCUCUACGCAUGCGGUGGGAGUCAGAGCAGCAGCAGGGCGAGGAGGCACAGGAAGAAGCACUGCUGCGAGGCCACGUGGAGGGCAGGGAGGGGCUACUGCAGGCGGCCACAGGCACCCGCCAGGACAUCAUCGUUGUCGCGUCUCUUAUCGGCCGCAUCCCCAACCUUGCCGGGCUUGCCCGCACGUGCGAGGUUUUCAAGGCCAACCGUCUGGUCCUCCAGGACACAUCGGUGGUGAAUGACAGGCAGUUCCAGCUCAUCAGUGUCACAGCGGAGAAGUGGGUUCCAUUAGAAGAGGUUCCGAUACAAGCACUGGCAAGCUACUUGGAGCAGCAACGAGCCCAGGGGUACACUCUGGUGGCACUGGAGCAGACAGCAAACAGUGUGCCCAUUCAUACCUACAACUUCCCUGCAAAAACGGGAGCGAUGACGACAGCGCGUCGUGUGGCUGCUGUGCCGCAGCUUAGCUGUCUCUCCGGAUGCGAUUUCCAACCAGACGUGGUGCAGUGUGUGAACGUGGGGUCGGAUGGAGUGGCGGUGCAGUGGCGCUGCGAGGCAGAGCUGCCAUCGCACCUGCAGUUCGGUCUCACGCAAGUCUCCUGCGAG